GUUAUCGAUGUGCAGACGAAACAAGCACGUGACCUUGUUCAUGUGAUGGCUUCCGUUGCAACUUGUUUGAGCAAAAAUAUAUUCAAGUGAUGGACAUUUGAUAAUCAUAGACGUUUUAUGGACCAGAUUUGAAAGGACAGUGAUCAGAGAACAACAGGCCAGUACACUGAUACGAAUAGACUGUUUUCAUCAGUCAUGAGCGAUCAUUUCCGUGACCUGCUAUGUUUGACAACAUCAUGUCGAACGUGAUACACAGAUUACAACAACGACACGAUACUCGAGCUUCUCAAGAUGGACUCAAGGCUGUGCCAUCCAAGGAAGAAAUUCUCAGUACUCUGGAGCAGUUCGGUUCUGACAAAGAUGAGAUGUCUAAUGGCCAAUACCAGAAGCUGAACAAUGGGAGUGUGAGGAGGAACAGCUCUGCUGACGACCAGUGGGACAGGUGUGAAGAUUAUCAGCCAUCUAGUGUCAGCUGUAGUAACUCUUACAGCACAGAAUGGCAGAAGCUGUUCACAAAGCCAAACUUCCUGAAUAUGCUGAAGGAGCAUGGACAGAAGGGGAACCUGCGCAGCAGUCGCUUCAGAAGUGUUUGUUGGAAGCUGUACCUGGAAGUGUUACCUGAGGAUAUAAACCAAUGGGUGGAGAAGUCACAAGAGUGGCGAGAGAAGUAUGAUGAUCUCAAAAACACAUUGAUAAUUAACCCCAGAAAAGCCGUGGACAAUGUUGACUUGUCGCUGAACAACCCCUUAUCCCAGGCUGAUGAGAGUCCUUGGAACAGGUUCUUUCUGGACAAUGAACUGAGGUUGACAAUUAAACAAGAUGUCAUCAGAACCUACCCUAAAAUUGAGUUUUUUCAGUCCAACCAGGUUCGGAACAUGAUGGUGGACGUGUUGUUCAUCUAUGCUAAACUAAAACCAGAUCUUCUUUACAGACAGGGAAUGCAUGAACUGCUGGCACCAUUGAUAUUUGUUCUUCACUGUGAUCAUCAAGCCUUCCUCCAUGCCUGUGAAAUAGAGUCUGUCGACAUGAUAAACAAAGAAGAAAGGGAUAUUGUGAAGGAAGUUAUGGACCCAGCAUAUCUGGAACAUGAUGCCUACGCAAUGUUCUGUCAAGUGAUGGAUACUGUGGAGCCAUGGUAUAUGUCCAAAGAGGUUACACCAAAUAGGCAGGGUAAGGAGUUUGUGGUGACCCAGCCAUUUGCCCGCCCUCAGGACCUGAACCCAUCUAACGCUGUCGUCACCAAGCUGACUAGAAUUCAGGACUACCUGCUGAGGAAGAACGACGUGGAGCUCCACAUGCACUUGGAAAGGCUGGAGAUAGCGCCACAGAUAUAUGGCAUUCGUUGGGUGAGACUACUGUUUGGACGGGAAUUCCCCAUGCAGGACUUGCUGGUUAUCUGGGACGCUGUCUUUGCUGAUGGUAUUGGAUUUGACCUGGUUGACUACAUCUUUGUAGCCAUGCUUCUCUACAUUAGAGACCUCUUGUUGAGCAGUGAUUACCCCACCUGUCUAAGCACCUUGAUGAGAUACCCACCAGUAGGGGAUGUCCAUUACUUUGUGGACAAGGCCCUCUGGCUAAGAGAACCUAGUCAGCAACCACGCCCUCCUAAUUACACGUACCAGACUGUCAACAAUGUGUCCAACAAGACAGAAGGCAGAGUGCACAAAAAUCGUCAUGGACAUAUUAUAUCUGGCUUUUCUUCGCUUACUCGUAAAAUCCAUAACCGCCCUCAUCAUCUCCCCGUGUCCUCCUCGUCCAAGAAGCUUCCCAAAUCUUCCAGCGAGCCCAUGAACUUACAGACUGACAUCUCCCCAGUGAAUCCUCCACCAGAGAAGAGAGGCUCCACCCAGAGUUUAUCAAGACUGGAGAGUUACACAACGGUCCGCUCAGCCCCAUCUAGUGCUAGCCUUGCGCGCCUUGAGACUUCCAGUCUGCGGUCAUACGACUCCAGGGGUUCUAGUCCCGGCAUUACCCCUGACGAGGCAUCCUCUCCUGCAGGCUACAGUCCCUCCCGCUUUUCUACACUGCCACGUGCCAAAAACAACAAGAUGAAGAAGAUAUCCAAAACUGUAAGCCAACGUGAGAUGCAGCUGUCUCAGCAAGCUGCACUGUACCAGGGCCAGCUGAAUGACAAAGAGUCCAUGUGUCGUUACUGUGCCAGCAAACUGGAUAUACACAUAGAAAAUUUACAGUCCCAGCUUCUGAGAUGUUCCUCAAACUGUGAGGAUGAAAUGCUUAUAGCUUUAGCUGGUAUCAAACAGGUGAGAGACAUUCUCAAAGGCACCCUUCGCUUUGCACACAAUAUGCUUGACGAAGACGAGAUACGAAUCAGCGACAAUCACUACAAGGAAGAGUCGCCCUGUGUGAAGACGCCUGAAUCCAUGGACCAAUCAAUGACCAGCGGGGAUCACUCCCCUGAGCAUUCCAUAACCAACAGCCAAUCACAUCACGUGGACACCAAGCAGCCUGUGGGCAGAGGUAAGAAAGGCCUGUUUUACAUGAGCAGUGAGGAACAUUCAGAGGACUCACCGGACGGGGUGAAGCACCAGGAGAGGGAGAGGGAACGGGAGCGAUCAGCGUCCUAUGAAAUGGGAGACUUCAGGCGUAACCUACGCCGAAAGUCUGAAGACAUGUGCGGUCAGCAGAGUCACAUGCUGUCUGUGUCAUCUGCAGACUCCAGUGCUGCGAGCACACCUGGGCAGACUCCAGGGGAGGAGCUAGAGGUCAGCCCUAACCCUCUUUACAGGAGGGAUUCCUAUGAUAACAUCACUGAUGAUACAGCCCAGUAACCAGCCAGCUGAAGCCCUCUGUACAGGAGAGACUUCUAUGAUAGCAUCAGUGAUGAUACCACCAGGCACAGCUCAUAUCCCUCUGUACAGGAGAAACUCUCACGAUAACCACUGAUGAUACACCCCAGUUAUCAACCAGCCUAGCCCUCUGUGCAGUGGAGAUUCCUACAAUAGUAUCAUUGAUGAAACAACCCAGUAACCAACUAGCCACAGCCCUCUGUACAGGAGAGACUCCUAUGAUAACAUUACAUCAUUGAUGAUAGCCCUCUGUACAGUCCCUGGAGAUUCUACAAUAGCAUCAUUGAUGAUACAUCGAUGAUGUACACUGUAUAGUUAUCAUCCAGCCAGUGCGAUGUAUUAAAGUACUGUGUGUAAAGUUUUAUGAAGCUGCUAGUCUCCAGGCUGAGAUAAGAACAACUGUGAGUGUAUAAUAUUACUUUACUAUUGAUUCAGUGGCUGUCACUUAUAAUUUUAUGAGCAUUGUAACAGACGGAGUAAAUAAAGUCAUAUGGGUGGAGCAUGCUUACAUGUAAUAUACCGGUACAUUUUUAUGUGCUCA